AUGGAUGAUAUAGAUCUAAAGCCAGAGCUUCAAGUUCACCUAAACGUGGGAGCCUCAGAGUUUGCAAAGAUCAAAACGAAUGCCAAGAAAAAGUAUAGCCAAGCCUUGUAUGUUCACUGCAAAUCUCAUUUUCUGAAUCUAUGUGUAGCAUCGUCGUGCAAUUUACAGUUAGUCCGAAACAUGAUGGGCCAGGUGCGGGUGGUUAGUCAAUUUUUUGAAGCACACCCCAAACGUUCAAAAGUGUUGAAAAAUAGCAUCGUAGGUAUUCUUCCACAAGCGCGUCAUAGACGGCUACUCAAUGUUUGCCAGUACACCCGGCCUCUAACACAACAACUGCAGGCAAGUGAGAUGGAUGUUGUUGCUGCCUUUGAUAACAUAACUCUUCUCUAUACCAUGCUUCAAAGGGUGAGGAGAGACAUUGUCAAAGAACACGAUGUUUGGUAUAGAAAAGCUAUAGUGCUGGCAGACAAGGUUGGUACUCUUCCUUCACAGCCACGCACUACCAAGCUUCAGAAGAAUCGAGAAAACACCCCAGCUGACAAUCCUUCCGAUUACUAUCGACGAGCUGUAUCAGUUCCAUUUCUUGAAUUUUGCUGUGGGAAACCAUGUGUACAACCUCUUCCUACCACUCUAGCUUCCCUUUUAUCAUCUAUUGACCAGCUCACUUUUCCAAAUAUCUACACCGCUAUGAAAAUUGCUGCUACAUUGCCUGUCACAUCUUGCUCCUGUGAACGAUCCAUUUCUAUUCUGCGGAGGCUGAAAACAUACCUCAGGAACACUAUGCGACAAAGCAGAAUGAGUGCACUAGCAAUGAUACACGUUCACCGAGAAAUACCUAUUGACAUAAACAGGGUAAUUAACCAAUUUGCAGCAGAACGACCUAAACGAAUGAGGCUGAUUGACAUUCUGAACGAGGAUCCAGGCGACGAGAAAAUCGACGACGUUGCAGUUUAGAUGGUGUCAGAUAGACUGUCUUUUGUGAUUUCGGAUCUUAUGAUUUGCAUUUGCUUUUUGCUUAUUUCAACCAUGACAGAAACGAUUUUCGUUAUGAUAGUUGUGUUGAUCAAAUUUCGAACUUGUUUUAGAAAAAAAUAAUUAGGGAGUGCAUUUGCCAUGCUCAUGAUGUUUCUAUAAGUGCUAUUUUCAAAUAUAUUUUGUCUGUUAUUGUGUCCUUUCAUAUGUUACAUUGUAAAUAGCAUUUGACAAUUGCGCUUUUGAGCUCUUAAAACUUGCUGUCAACAAUUUCAAAAAUCAUGGCAUGUAUUGGAAACCGAGAAUUAUAUGGUUACAGCAUUUGUCCAUAUAGUGGGCGUGCCCCGCAAAUGAGAAGGGCGUGGUCCUAAUCCUAAAAGAUUUGAGCUAUAGUCGAAAAAAUUCCUGGAUCCGCCCCUGCAUGGCAGCUAAUUUUCCUGCAAACAUGAAAGCUUGUCUUUCUUAGUUACCUGUCAGAUCCUGUUAGGGCUGGUUGGAUAGCUUAGUUGCUUUAUAUUGGAUUAAGGGACAAGAAACUUACAAGCAGUUUGUGAAUAAUACAGUUAGGAAAAUCCACGAGAAGUCCUUUAUAAAAUGGAGGCAUGUAAAAACAUUAGAGAACCUUGCUGAUAUCGGAAACAGUGGCUGUCAUGGAGAUAGAAUAUCAAAGACAUGGAUCAGUGGAUGAGAAUGGUUGUCAGAUGAAGAAAGUUUGCCAAAAGAUAUUUAGAAAACAGAAGAGCCAGAAAUUGAGGCAAAGCAAGUCGUUGACAUAUCAAUCGUUGUUGUCAACAGAAGCUUUGAGUUAUUUAAACGAUGAGUUUGACGAAAUGCUUGAGAAGCAUAUAUAAAUUGGAAGACGACACGGCUGAUGACAUGGAUCAACAGAUUCACAACUAAAUGUGGAACAAAGAUGAUUGAAAUAGUCAAGAGGCCACUGACAACGGGAGAGAUUCAUAGUCAGAUAAAGUGGUGGGUUAGAAGAGUGCAAAGCUAUCCUAUUUUUGCCAUCAACUUCAUUGUUCAGUGAAAAGCUUGUAGCAGAUGCGUAGAUUGUUGAAACAUUGCAUGGGGGAGUAAGCCUGACGAUGAAGUUUGUACGCCAGAACUAUUGGAUUUCAAGACUUAGGCAACUGGUAAAAAGGACACUACGCAACUGUCAUUGAUGCAAGAGGUUCAGGUUAAGGUUUACAAUCAACCGCAAGCAGGGAUGUUACCGAAAGACCGCACUGAAGGAUCAAGACCGUUCAAAAUCGUUGGGGUGGAUUUUGCAGGCCCCUAAACUUACAAAGUUAUAGUAAAGACGGAAGGAAAAAUCAUAUUUUGCACUGUGCGCAUGCAGUUUAAUUAGAGCUAUAUACAUAACUGUUCUUACAGACCUGACAACUUUAUGAUUUGCUUGAAAGAAUUCAUUGCAAGAAGAGGGCAUCCUAGCAAGAUCUUUCCUGACAAUGCGAAAACAUUCAUAGAUACUUCAAGAAAGAGAAAGAAGAUAAUGAUAGUUGAAGAAGUUGACAACUAUCUUACUUGAGCAAAAUAGAAUCACAGUUCAACCUAAGUAAAGCCUCCUGGUGGGGGAGGACAGUCGAACGAAUUAUAGGUCUUAUAAAGAGAUUUGCCAUGUUUAAAGUCUUUGGCAAAGCAAAUCUCGACCUUCACGAGUUGAAAGAUGUUAAACUAGAUGUAGAAACAACACUAAACAACAGGCUGUUGUGCUACGUUGAAGAAGAUAUCGAACUGCCAGAGUAAGCCCCAAACCUAAAGAUCCUGGGACACAAGAAUUCGAUGAUAACCGAAGCAGUUGAUGGCAUAGACAACAUGGAUUUGAGAAAAAGAGCCAAAUACCCCGAGAAGCGUGCAAGCAAAACCUAUGGAGCCAAUGGUCGAAGGAGUAUGUAAGAGCACUGAGGGAAAAACACAACUUGAAACACUCUGGAAAGGAGAACAAUAUCUGCGAAGGAGAGGUAGCCAUCGAACACAGAGAGGACAAAAACAGAGAGGACAAAAACAGAGAACGGUGGAGGAUGGGAUUGUGGAAAGUUUGAAUCAUGGUGAAAUCGAAAAUGGAGGAGUAGUUAGACAUUGCGAGUUUUUAUUUGUGUCCAUCUAUAAUAAUGUGUCCAUCGUUUUCUUCAUUUUUAAGAUGAGUUCACGUUUUGAUUAGUUCGGCUCUUUUUGGAAAGGGAGCUUGAUCAAGAAACAACUGCAGUUCUUCUGGCUGCGGCUCUGUUCGUCAAAAAGGCGAAAAUAUCGAAAAAAAAACAAGGUUUGUUUGGGUGAAGGCAUGGUUGAGUAUGAGGACUAACCUCGGUGUUUACGACGCUCUUCUACAAGAGUUAAGAUCGGACGAUGAAGCAGAAUAUAGAAAAUUAUUGAGAAUGACGCUUGAAAAUUUUGACGAGUUGUUGGAGCUUCCCUCUACGCUUCUAUGAAAUCAUCUGUAUUCACAACUUUUUUCGCCAUCUUUAAAUCGCACUUAUCCACGCUGCUCUAAAAAAUUGGCACCUUGCGCAAGGGAAUUAUAGGGGCGCCAGCUUUAAACAAUGGAGUCUACAUAAAUGAAUAGAAAUCCCAUCAGUUAAAAACUGACGAAGUUGGACGUGUUCAAAUUUUUCAUUCAAGAACUGAAGGUCAUCAAUGCAUCAGUUUUUAUCAGUUUUUGCUAAAUACACGAUCAGUUUUUGACUGAAAACUGAAAACUGUCAGUUAAAAACUGAUAAAAACUGAUCGUGUAUUUCAGGCUUAAGAUUACAGCGCCUAAAUUAUUGAUUACGCCUGGCUCCUUUCAAAGUACCGCCAUAGACCACAAGGCGCGGAUCCAGACGGGGGCAAAGGGGGCAAAGGGGGCAAGUGCUCCAGCCAGAUUUUUUUAUAGCGCAUGUCAAUUCUCCUUUUUUUCAAAAAUGAUUAUAAUAAUAUAAGGGUGAAAGUUUCUAAAAAAUUGCAAACUUUUUGUCACUUAAUUCACUCGCAAAUUUGUAUUGUUUAUGGUAUGUCCUUGACUUUCCGACUCAUGCAUGUUGUUCAUUUCUAUUUGCCAUCUUUAGUCAAGAAGACAAUAUGCCCCCGGCUUUCUAAGGUUUAUUCUGCAGACCACCACCAAUUGAUGAUCGUGAUGUUUCGAGUGGCGCUAGAAGUAUACAUUCCACUCUGCUCUAUUUUAUCAUGCAAAAUUCCUUCUCUGACCAAUCAGAAAACGCAUGUGUACUCCACUCCAGUGAAU